AUGCGGUCCUUUUCCGUGAUCUCGCUGCUCUCGGCGCUGACUCUCCUACUGAACCACUCACAAGUGGCUGUCGCAAGUCCCGUCGCCCUGGAAGAAACCGAUGUCGAAAAGCGCUGCGCCAAACCUUGCGGCUCUGGUGGCUGGCUUUGCUGUCGUGAGGACGAGACCUGCAGCACCAACAGCGCGAAUCAAGCAGUGUGUUCUGGCGGUUCUGGCGGCCAAGGUGAUUGGCAGUACUUUACCACCACGUACGUGGUUACUGAGACCGACAAGUCGACGAUCACCUCUGUCUGGAGUAGCAGACAUGCCCAGACCGCGGCCCCGACACAGACCGGCAGCUGCAAACUCGAGAUCGGCGAAUCGACGUGUGGAAACGAUUGCUGCGAUGCUUCAUCAACUUGCGAAAAUGGCAAGUGUGUUCAGGAAAGCUCUUCGGCUGAUGCUUCGGCGACACCUCCAGUGCGGGGGACGAGCAGUGGCAUGUCCACCGCGACGGAGACCGCAGCUCCCACCACGACCCGGGGAUUCAUUGCACCUGUCGGGACAGACGGAGCCGACUUGGUCGGAGCCAAGGCCUCGGACGGUGGUGGAGGCCUGAGCGGCGGUGCCAUUGCAGGUAUCGUCGUGGGUACCAUUGCCGGUGUCUUUCUGUUGCUACUACUGUGUCUCUGCAUGUGCUUCAAGGGUUCCUUGGACCGCAUCUUGGCUGCCUUGGGCUUCGGCAAACGCCGCAGAAAGGACACUACCUAUGUCGAGGAGCGCUACUCCCACCAUUCGCAUGGCAGUCGACCAGCACCAGGCCGCCGGACGUGGUUCGGCACUCGGCCAGCGGCACCCCCGACAGAGAGCGAUGUUAGUGAAAAGAAAUCCAAGUGGAGUGGCUUGGCCACCGUCGGGAUCAUCCUGGGUGCGCUUGCGCUAUGCUUGGGGUUGAAGAGACGCCACGACCGAGAGCAAGACCACGACGAUGACAAGACCUCUUACACUUACCCGAGCUCAUACUAUUACUCCGACUACUAUACUCAGACGAAAGUUCAGACAGACGAACGCGAGACACACGACAGUCUCGACGAUCACGCACACGAUCCCGACGCUGAUGAUUGA